GUCAUCUCUCACAUUGUCUGAAAACGAGCGCCACCAUCAGCACCACUUCUGUCCCCCGACAUUCAACAUGUCCUCGCUGCUCAAGCCCUUUUCGGUCUGCGAGGGACCCUGUGAGAGCCGCUCGGCCCGGAGACAUCCCCCGAGCUCGGCUAUCCGUCGGCAGCUUCCAGCCCCGCCGCGUCUGCUGGCCGCGGAGCUGCCCGCGCACCGGAGGCUGUCGGCGGCGAGGAGGAACCUGGCGGCCGCUGCCCCCGGAGGGAGGAAAAUCACCCACCCUGGGAAAGCUAUCCUAGCAGGAGGCAUCGCAGGAGCAAUAGAGAUCUGCAUCACCUUCCCCACAGAGUAUGUCAAGACUCAGCUGCAGCUGGAUGAGAGAGCCAACCCGCCCAGAUACAGGGGCAUUGGAGACUGCGUGAGGCUGACCGUGCAGGAUCAUGGACUCAGAGGGUUGUACCGAGGCCUCAGCUCUCUGCUCUARGGGUCAAUUCCCAAAUCUGCAGUCAGGUUUGGCACGUUUGAAAUUCUCAGCAACCCGAUGCGGGAUCACACAGGUCGACUAGACAACACGCGGAGUCUCCUGUGUGGUUUAGGAGCUGGGAUAGCCGAGGCCGUGCUGAUCGUCUGCCCCAUGGAGACGCUGAAGGUGAAGCUGAUCCAUGACCAGUGUUCGCUCCGGCCUCGCUACAGAGGCUUCUUCCAUGGAGUCAGUGAGAUCGUCAGAGAACAGGGGUUGAGGGGUACGUAUCAAGGCCUGACCGCGACUGUGCUGAAACAAGGAAGCAAUCAGGCCAUAAGAUUCUUCGUUAUGACCUCUUUGAGGAACUGGUACAAAGGUGACGAUUCCAGAAGAGAAAUGCACCCGAUUGUUACAGCGAUGUUUGGAGCGACAGCAGGAGCAGCCAGUGUUUUUGGAAACACGCCUCUAGAUGUGGUUAAGACCCGAAUGCAGGGUUUAGAAGCCCAUCGCUACAAAAACACUCUGGACUGCGCCUUCCAGAUCUUGAAGCACGAAGGACCACAGGCGUUCUACAAAGGCACGGUUCCCAGGCUCGGCCGAGUGUGUUUGGACGUGGCCAUAGUCUUCGUCAUUUACGAGGAGGUGGUCAAAAUGCUCAACGACGUGUGGAAGACGCAGUAGAGCGGCGCGAAUGUGACACGGGAAGCACAAGAUCAGUGCCUCAUAUUACGCACAACCUAACACCUCUAAUCUAGUUUGUACUAGCCGCCUACAUCGGCCUGAGAAAGUGACGCACGACCAUUUUCCUGCUAAGAUAGCAUUCAUGCGUUUUACCAGACUCGCACUAAGAAGACAGCGGGGGUCAGUCAGCAUUUGAUUGAUUUAUUUAUUUUUCUAGUGAAUGAGUCAGACAAAAAGGAAAUAUUUUAUUUUGAAAGGCAGUGAAAGGCGCAGUUAUAAAGAGGAUCGGAUUAGAUUCAAACAUCCCUUUACUUAAUCUCUAUACUGCAACACAUCUGUGUUAUCAUGCUUUGGUUGUGCUUUCGGCAUCAACACUCCACUUUUCAUCCCGUCUUGGUAAUUUAGUGGUUUGCAAAAGUAUUCACUCAUCUCGUCAUUCUCCUCACAACAUAACCAAAUCGUUAUAUUUUUAACRCAACCCUCAGUUUUGUAUUGUUUUUUCUUCUAUUUAACUUAAUCAAUCUGGAGAAUUAAAAAAAUACAUGAAUUUUUCAUUUUUUAAGGUGGCAAAGUAAUAAUAAACUGAAUAUUUUUGCAAAUUACUCCAAAGUCCCCAAUGCUCAUUGCAGACAUGGUCUCAGUUGCACAAGUGAUGAGGUGGCACCUUUAAUCCUGUUAAUUAUAUCUUGUAGUAGGAAGCAGCAGAACUAGGAGUGAGUGUAUGUUUGAUACUCUAAAAAUGACAUUUUUUAAUUUUUUUUAGAGUAGACAGCCGAAAUAUUAGCCAUAGAUUUCCCAGAGUGGUUUUUUGCUGAUUUAGAUUUCAGUCUUAUCUUUCAAUCAGAUUCUGCCACGUUGUUUACAUCAAUCUAACCUGCAACAUAAGCUUUAUGUAUGCAAACUGAAAAAUGGUAUUUAGCCAUUUCAGUCUGUGCAUAGUACCCUAAUUUUACGCACAAUGUUUUUCUAAAUGCUAUUUUCUUUUCUAGCAGCCUUCAGCAUAUCCAAGGUUUAACUUGCGUGAGAAGUCUCGAAGCAAAAGACCAGUUUUGAUUGACCCAGCAGCACCACACAGCCUUGAACUUUUAAGUCCUUUUUGUGCUAAAACAGCUUCACUAUCUUCACCAGUUAAACUAGUCCUGAUAGGAGAAAGUGUUUUACUUCAUACAGGAGCAAAAAGGGGGUUUCUGUUUGUAGCAUCUUGUUUCUCAGUCAUUUCAGAUUCUUCCAGCACGAUUGUGUUGAAUCUUUUGCAGCUUUUCAGACAACUUAAGUGCACAUCUUGGAUGUGGUGUAUGAGAUCCUGUUGGGUAGGUUGGUUUUAUUGUGUGGAAGAUAUACUAAAAUAACAUGACUGUAAUGAUCCAAGUUAAUUGUACAUGAUAAUAAAUUUCAGAUUAAAAAAAAUCCGAACAGACAUGUCAA